GAAACGAGCGGCUGGUAGCACCUCACCGCUCACUGCCGCGCGCCAUCCACGCGGCAAAGCACGACUCGGAGGAGGUGGGCGGGGCGGCCAUGGAUGUAGACAUGGACGUGGCUGAGAUGGGGCUGGAUGCCGGUGACCCGCACCCCCUGGAGAAGCUCGCUGACUCGGACUUCUUCAACAAGUUUGAGGACGACUUUGAGGACGAGGACUUAGCUUAG